AGAACGCAUCUAUCAGCGCGGCUACUGCAGAGGCGAUCAGAGCGUGCUGCGAGCAAACCCAGACAGGUUUCCCUUCGGAUGGCUGCGCGUUUGCUUCGGGAGGAGAAGCUCUCCAAGGAUCUCCCCUCCUUCACCACCACUGCUACCACCAGGGUGACGAGGAAUGGGGGAGCAGGCAUGGAGAAGGCCCUGUCCAACCAAGAGGAUUUGGGAGGAGACCGGGGCAUGACAGACGAUAUCUUUGACGAGAGCUACUGUGAGAAGGAGGGCCCCAAGCCUGCCAGGAGAUACGUCUGGAGGAACAUCAUCCUCAUGAGCCUGCUGCAUUUAGGGGCCUUGUAUGGGUUGUGGCUGAUACCUGCAGCAAAGCCUGUCACCUUGGUAUGGGGGUUCCUGUGUUUCCUGCUGAGUGCUCUGGGGAUAACAGCAGGAGCGCAUCGCAUCUGGAGCCAUCGGUCCUACAAAGCCAGCUUGCCCCUCAGGAUCUUUCUGGCCAUAGCCAACUCCAUGGCUUUUCAGAAUGACAUCUACGAGUGGGCCCGAGAUCACCGCGUCCACCACAAGUUCUCCGAGACCGACGCGGACCCUCAUAACGCCACGCGGGGCUUCUUCUUCUCCCAUGUUGGCUGGCUGCUGGUGCGCAAACACCCCGAUGUCAUUGAGAAGGGCCAGAAGCUGGACAUGGCUGACCUGAAGGCCGACAAAGUGGUGAUGUUCCAGAGGAGGUUUUACAAGCUUUCUGUGGUGGCCAUGUGCUUCCUGUUCCCCACCCUAGUGCCCUGGUGCUUCUGGGGGGAAUCUCUCCGCAACAGCUUCUUCCUCCCCGCCAUCCUGCGCUAUGUUCUGGUGCUCAACGCCACCUGGCUUGUGAACAGUGCUGCACAUAUGUUUGGCAACCGGCCCUAUGAUCGAAACAUCAACCCCCGGGAGAACCGCUUGGUCACGUUUGGAGCCUUAGGCGAAGGCUUCCACAAUUACCACCACACCUUCCCCUACGAUUACUCCACCAGCGAGUUCGGCUGGCACUACAACUUCACCACAGCCUUCAUUGAUCUCAUGUGCCUCCUGGGGCUGGCCAGCGACCGCAAGAAGGUCUCCAAGGAGACCAUCCUGGCUCGGAAAAUUCGGACUGGUGAUGGGAGCCACAAUGGCUGAGGGCCCAUUUCUCCCCCAUGUUUUAUUUUCCCCCCAAGCGAGCUGGGCACAGGGUUUUAUGUUCUAUUUACUAACCAUUGAAUAAUGCUACCAGGUUGCUUCAGAUGAUGAUGAUUUUAACCCCCUCCUGCACAAUGUAUUUUAAAUGAUGUAUUUAAGACCUAUAACUUUUGUCUCUCUAACGCUCAGCCCUCCCUCUCCUCUUUCUUCUUUUUGUUCUUUUGUCUCUCUCUGGCAAGAUCUCUCUCUUUCCCUCUAAACCCUCCAUGCUUCAUUCUCUCCUUGGCAGGGAGCUGGUUGAAAGCCUGUCCAGGGCAGAUCAUGCCGCUGGCUGAAGAGUUGAGCCAAAGUCAGGGACUCUUUCCCUAGAAAUUCCCCUUUCCUGCCUCUGGCUCUCCUGCCCUCCCAGGGCUGCUGAUUCAGGGCAGACAAAGUGGCAGCUGAUAUGGCCACAUCCAAGUGAAUUGAUCCUGUGCGUGACCAGCUAGAAAGCGGGGAUGAUGCUAUGUCAGAGACCCAGGGGAGCCUCGUGUCUGUGCAGAUGGGCUUCCUGCAGCCAAUUAACAAGUACCUGAUAGAAACCGACACCAAAGCAGGGGACACUGAGAGGGUUAAAGCAUGAGAAAGUUACAGGAUCCCAGCCCAGUGCUCUGUGUGACCUCUUCCCAGCACAGCCUCUCUGAAGCCAGGAGGUGGAGCCACGGCUACUGGGCAGAUCCAGGCUGGAGAUGGGACUGAAUUGCCCCACUGCCAGGGGUAGGAAAGCAUGUCAGGUGGCCCGUGAUCCGCUCCCAGCCCCUUCCAGAGCAAAUCAGAGAUGCCCUGGGGCCAGUGACUGCCUGUUGCACACACUGCGGUGGGAAGUGCUGGUGCAGCCGUUGCUGAUGGCGGCCGUUCCUGUAACUCCCCUAGACACAUGGUGCUAGAGCAGGGUGCUGGCUGCUGGGCCGUGUGUAAUUCGUCCCCUGGAGACAGGGCCUUUGCUCCGGCGAGGGGGGUCCGCUGCACAGCGCCGUGGCCUGGGCACGGAAGGGGCCUGUUUCACUCCUUGGCAGCACUGACAGCGGAGGCUAAUGCCAGGCUGACUGCGCUGUCUGAGGCCUCAAGACAUUGGGGGGGAAGGGUUAAAACCCU